GUUGCCUGUGGCUAUGCACAUACAUUAGUGCUAACAGAUGAAGGUCACAUUUAUGCCUGGGGAGCCAAUUCAUAUGGCCAGUUAGGUACUGGGAAUAAAAGUAACCAGUCUUACCCUACAACAGUUAUUGUGGAUAAGGACAGAGUUAUAGAAAUUGCAGCCUGCCACUCUGCUCACACAUCGGCUGCCAAGACCCAGAGCGGCCAAGUGUACAUGUGGGGCCAAUGCCGCGGGCAGUCAGUGAUACUUCCCCACCUCACUCACUUUGCCUGCACCGACGAUGUGUUUGCUUGCUUUGCUACCCCAGCUGUUAUGUGGCGUCUUCUAUCCGUAGAGCCUGAUGACCAUCUAACAGUAGCCCAGUCACUUAAGAAGGAAUUUGACAACCCUGAAACUGCAGACCUGAAGUUUCUGGUGGAUGGAAAAUACAUUCAUGUUCAUAAAGUUCUUCUCAAAAUUAGGUGUGAACAUUUUCGUUCCAUACUGAAUAAUGAUGAUGAAAUUAUAGAAAUGAGUGAAUUUUCUUAUCCUGUUUACCGAGCCUUCCUGGAAUACUUGUAUACAGACAACAUUAGGCUCCCUCCUGAAGAUGCAAUAGGACUGCUAGAUUUGGCAACACUGUAUAGAGAAAACAGAUUGAAAAAGCUGUGCCAGCAAACCAUCAAACAAGGCAUUUGUGAAGAGAAUGCCAUUGCUCUUCUUUCCGCCGCUGUCAAAUAUGAAGCUCAGGACUUGGAAGAAUUUUGCUUCAGAUUUUGCAUAAACCAUUUAACUGUUGUUACACAAACUCAAGGCUUUGCAGAAAUGGACCAUGACCUCCUGAAAAACUUCAUUAGCAAAGCAAGCAGAGUGGGAGCAUUCCGAAAUUGAGGUCUGACUACUACCAAGCUGA